UUAUAUGAAAACUACUUCGUUCUGAAAUUAAACGGGUUUAUUUGAUUUUUUCAGUUGUUUUAUAUAAAAUAUUAAAGAAAUAUAAUAUAAAUAAAAAAAACGCUUCUAAAAAGCUGAUAAUAUAAAACACUCGAGUUGCUAAAAAUUGAUUCGUGUUAAGGCUGGAUAAGAGUUCGUUUUUGUAUUACGAACUCGCAAGUACGAUCGCUCGUGUUGACGUGACGAAAAUGUCGUACGAACGCUGUCGCUGCUCUCACAGCGGAAUGACGAGUCAUUUCUGUGAAGACGAAUAUGCAUUCAUAUAUAAAGUGGUACUCAUCGGUGACAGUGGAGUCGGCAAGUCGAACCUGUUGCUACGGUACACAAAGGACGAGUUCCGCUUCGACAGCGCAUCCACUAUCGGUGUUGAAUUCGCAACAAGAAGCUUAGAGAUAGACGGACGGACGAUCAAGGCUCAGGUGUGGGACACGGCCGGCCAAGACCGCUACCGCGCCAUCACGAGGGCCUACUAUCGCGGUGCAGUCGGCGCACUUAUCGUCUAUGACAUUCAUAAGCGUGACACCUUCGACAACGUGAACAAGUGGAUGCGCGAGCUGCGAGAUCACGUGACUGAGACAGAUCUCGUGACCUUGCUCGUGGGCAACAAGUCUGACCUGCGCCACCUACGGGCCGUCAGCAUGGACGAGGCUAAAGAGUAUGCAGAGAAAAACGGGAUCUCGUUCCUGGAGACAUCAGCCCUGGACUCGAGUAAUGUGGAGGUCGCGUUCCGUAACAUUCUGACUGAAAUUUACCAUCGCCUCGCUCAAAAGCACCUGGACCUCGCUGGCGUCGUGGAUCGUCCGUCGGAUGACGUAGUUCCGGUAGAUGUUAUGCCGACGAAAAACAGUAAACCACCAUGUUGCUCGAUGUUGUAAACGGCGAACAGCGGUUGAGUGAGGAAUCAGUCAUGAAUAUAAAAAAAACACGUGACUUAGAGAUUGAAAAUGUGCCUUAAAUGACUCGUGAAGAAACGAAUGUGAAAGAAUUUACAAUUUUACUUCAUGAUGGGCGCACAGCCUUCAAUUCAUUGAGAUUUUACGCCUUCGUUCAUAUUUUGAAGGUGUGGUUACACUAAGAUAUUGUCCGCGGAAGAAAGAAAUUAUUUUCGAAUAACAGUUUGUUAUACGAAAUCGUUUAUUAACAUUCUGACGUUAACAUAGGAAACUUCAAACGCCAGAAACAGCAUUCUUAUACAAAUAUGUUCAGGAAAGGCGAGUACUUGCGAUUUCAUAUAGUUUCCAAUUUUACUUCCGAAUAUGGCAACACAUGCACAAGCAUAUACAUUUUAGAUGAAAAACGUUUAUUCAUUCAUCAAUUUCGGUGGUAUGCAUUACAAAUUGAUCAAAAUGAUGCACAUAGUGAGUAUUUGAACAUGGUUAGUAUAAAGUAAGGUGACAUGCAAUUGUGCGAGUAAGUACUCGUGUUAGUUGGAAAGCGACACCUGUGAACAUGAUAGGGCUGGGUGUUGAUGUUUCUAAAACGUGAAAUAUUGCACUUGCAAAAUAAGAGGAAGAAGAAGAAGACGACGAAAAAAAAAACAUGUGUCAAAAAAGAAAGAUGUUUUAUGACUGUUUUAACAUGGACACAUUUUAUGUAAAACAAUUAAUGGAUAUGAUCGUAUACACUCGCCUUAAAUAAAAUAAAAUGUGAGCAUAUAUCAAGCCAGAUAUGGUAGGAAUACAAAACCAUUUAGUCUGGUUCCCGACUUGGAAUAGCUUUUUGAUACUGGCGACUGAUCUAAUGGCGAAAGCAAUGACGAACUUGAAGUUCCGAGUAUUGUGAUAUUUAUCGGUCUCCAGGGUUACUUCUGUAAUUAAUACUAUUCCUAACGGAAUUGACACCGGGAAAAUAGUAGCGUGUUUGUGGUACUAUUUGAUUUGAAUAAUUUAUUGUUAUCACUUCGUAUAUAAACAUUGUAUCCCUAAUGUCUCUAAAUGCGUAU